AUGAAGCCCUCUUUGCUGCUUCUGUGUCACCUCUGGCUGUUCAGCCUCAUGCCUCUCUCACAGGCAUCAGACUCAGCACAAGGUGCCUCCAGCCUAACUUGUUGGUAUGACUCACGGGCAGCUCUCUUCUGCGACUGGAACCCAAGCAGGGACCUGGUUGAAGCACCAUGCCAGCUGGAGAUUAUAUCGAAGUUAGCUUUUUGUGACAGGUUAUUUUCCUUACCUGAAAAAUUCAAGGAACACUGUGAAUUACCCAAGGCAGAACACAUGACAGGACUGAGGAGAUGCAUCAAAACCUUCAGCAAAAACAGUAAUACUCAAUGCUUCACCACUGCAGACCGCCUUACCAUGUCUGUCCAUUGCCAGAUUGGAGAGAAUAGGUCUAUACCUGUGCGAAUAGAAGAUUUCAGUCCACUUGCAAAUAUAAAGCUGAGGCCUCCGGGAAAUCUUCAGCUGGUUAGCAAAACCGAAAACACCUACAACUUGACGUGGAGCCUGAAUAUUUCCUCUCACUAUUUGGAUGGGGAGCGGGAAUAUGAAGUGCGCUACCGAACCACGAGUCAGUCCUGGGAGGACGCCAAGAACUUCACCAUUAGGCAGGACCAGAUGUGGGUGGUGUUCCAGAGCCUCUCCCCCAACUUGAAAUACGAGGCAGCUGUCCGUGCAAGGCCAAGUGCCUCAAGUACCUACAAAGGCGUGUGGAGCGACUGGAGCAAGACCAUACUGUGGAGGACACAUGCUGACC